CAGCCAGUCAGCGCGUAGCCGAGCGCCGGUGCGGUCGUGUUGUGUCGAGCCGAGCUGAGUCGAGUCGAGUCAAGAUGUCUUCCUACACGCUGGCGUCGCACUUCUCGCCGCUGACGAGCUGUUGCGGCGUGACGCUACGCAAUGGAGUGGUGUGGAUUGCGGAGCUGUGCACGGAAACAAGACUUUUUGGCAAUUUACAAGAAAGUAGUGACACAAAAUCCCGUAAGUAUGCUAGGGCUGUAUAUGGGGAUGACUCUGCCAGCAGAUUUCAGAUGAAAACAAGUGAAGUGUUCGGAUUAUGCCAAAAAUUUACUGCAACACACAUAAUGGAGCACAACACGCAAACGAUGAGUGUUAAGGCCCUAAAACCUGCUGGACCUGAUGUGAGGAAGUGGGAACAGGCGGGUGGCGAGUUUCUUAAGCAGUAG